GGAACAGACGCACUGCGUCUAAACAUUCCGUACACUGUCCGACGUCCCGACGCUCCGCCGCUCAUCUUCCCCUUCCAGCCAGUGCAUGUCUCGUGUACGUGUAUAGGUUGUCUUUGUAGGGGCACGAGAUGGCAACAUUGGGGGAUAUAGGGCUUGCAGCAGGAGUAAAUAUUCUCAGCGCGUUGUUUUUUCUUAUAGCGUUUGCCAUACUAAGGCUUCAGCCUAUCAAUGAUCGUGUAUAUUUCCCAAAAUGGUACCUCAGGGGAUUGAGAACCAGCCCCGCUCAUACAGGCAUACUUGUAAGCAAAUUUGUUAAUUUUAACUGGAGAGCGUAUAUUAGAUUUCUCAAUUGGGUGCCUGAAGCACUGCAAAUGCCCGAGACAGAGCUAAUUGAACAUGCGGGAUUGGAUUCAGCAGUUUAUUUGCGAAUUUACUUACUGGGACUUAAAAUCUUUGUUCCAGUGACAUUCCUUGCAUGGGCUAUUCUAGUGCCUGUCAACUGGACAAAUAACACUUUGGCAGUAUCUCAUGUAACCCAUAAGGUACAGUACAGUGACAUCGACAAGCUCUCCAUCUCAAACGUUCCAACUGGAUCACAUAGGUUUUGGGCUCAUAUAGUAAUGGCCUAUGCCUUCACGUUUUGGACAUGUUAUUCCCUGCGGAAAGAGUAUAAAACAGUUACUUCAAUGCGCUUACACUUUAUUGCCUCAGAAAGGCGUCGCCCUGAUCAAUUUACAGUUCUUGUGAGAAAUGUGCCACCGGACCCGGAUGAAUCAGUCAGUGAGUCCGUGGAGCAUUUUUUCUUGGUCAAUCAUCAAGAAAAUUAUUUGACUCAACAGGUUGUCAUAAAUGCUAACAAACUAGCAAAAUUGAUUGAAGAGAAACAAAAAAGAGAAAAUUGGCUCGACUAUUACCAAACAAAAUAUUCUCGUGAUCAAUCAAAACGGCCGGUGACAAAGACUGGUUUUCUUGGUAUCUUUGGAGAUAAAGUUGAUGCAAUUGAUUACCAGACCGCUGAGAUUGAAAGACUUAGAGAACAGAUAGCUGAGGAACGGGAAAGGAUGAAAGCUGAUCCCAAAUAUAUUAUGCCCGCAGCUUUUGUCUCAUUUAAGACUAGAUGGGCUGCUGCUGUUUGUGGACAAACUCAGCAAUCAAGAAAUCCAACUCUGUGGUUGACUGAGUGGGCUUCAGAGCCGCGUGAUGUCUAUUGGGAUAACCUGGCAAUUCCCUAUGUCUCUCUCAGCCUUAGGAGGCUCAUUGUUGCUGUUGCUUUCUUCUUUCUCACAUUCUUCUUCAUGAUCCCUAUUGCUAUUGUGCAAUCUUUUGCAAACAUUGAAGGCAUUGAAAAGAGGGCAUCAUUUCUUAAGCCGGUCAUUGAUGUGCCUUUCAUCAAAUCUUUGAUCCAGGGAGUUUUACCCGGGAUUGUUUUGAAGAUUUUUCUUAUAGUACUACCAACAAUACUGAUGAUAAUGUCCAAAUUUGAGGGAUUUAUUUCAACUUCAGCUCUGGAGAGGAGAGCUGCCUUGAGAUAUUACAUAUUCAAUUUUAUAAAUGUUUUCCUGGUCAGCAUAAUAGCAGGGACCGCAUUUGAGCAACUCAACAGCUUUCUUCAUAUGUCUGCAAAUGAUAUUCCAAAAACAAUCGGGGUUGCAAUUCCUAUGAAAGCAACCUUCUUUAUAACCUAUGUAAUGGUUGAUGGUUGGGCCGGCAUUGCCGGAGAGAUCUUACGACUGAAACCCUUAAUAAUCUUCCAUCUGAAAAACUUCCUCCUGGUGAAGACUGCAAAGGAUAGAGAGGAGGCAAUGGAUCCCGGCAGCAUUGGUUUUAACACCGGCGAACCUCAAAUCCAACUAUAUUUUCUUCUUGGCCUUGUCUAUGGUGUUGUCACUCCAUUUUUCCUUCCUUUUAUAUUGGUCUUCUUUGCCCUGGCAUUCGUCGUGUAUCGGCAUCAGAUCAUAAAUGUGUACAACCAAGAAUAUGAAAGUGCAGCUGCAUUUUGGCCAGAUGUACAUGGAAGAAUAAUCUUUGCACUGAUCUUCUCACAGAUAGUUCUGAUUGGAUUAAUGAGUACUAAAGAGGCUGCAGCGUCGGCGCCAUUCCUUCUUGCUCUUCCAGUGUUAACCUUCUAUUUUCACAAGUUCUGCAAGGACCGAUUCGAGGCUGCUUUUGUUCAAUAUCCAUUACAGGAAGCAAUGGUAAGAGAUACACUAGAGCGAGCCAAAGAACCGAAUCUGAAUUUGAAAGCCUAUCUCGAACAUGCUUAUGUCCACCCACUUCUCAAAAACGACGAGGAUGAAGACGAAGGGUUGGCAAGAAAAUUCAAUGACAAUGAUGCAGUGACCAUACAGACAAAACGACAGUAUCAAAGAAAUACACACGAUGCCACUAGCAGUGCAUCCUCUUCAUCAUUACAGCGCGAAGCCAUCCCCGAUCACUAAGAGUCUUCAAUGUCGCAGCUUUGUAAUGGAAACUCGCUGUAAGCAAUCCUGCAAGACAACUACCGAAUGCAAUGGGAGAUGACGGACUGAUCAAUCGAUCCGACACUUAUUUCUACGUCCGAUUCAAGAUUGUUGUCAACCUCUAUUGGGAAGUUCCAAUGCUAUUACAUCUUCCACGCCCUAAUGAAUAUUGAGGUACGUUUUUGCCAUUAGUUUAAAAACCUUUACAUUAUUUGAGCUUUCUUUUAGAGGACCAUUCUUGGGUUGUCUGGUAUAAAUCGAACAAGGGCCAAUUGAUCAAUAAGAAAAAGCAUAAAGAAAGUUCUUAAUAUGGCUGCAAUUCUCUGUGCCCUUAUCUAUAAUAACAAUAAUAAUAAUAAAUGAUAUGCAUAUCAUUAAUAGGAAUGAUCAUGCAGAUAAAAAGUAAGGUCCAAAAAGCAUCUGAUGCAUGAGGAAUUAAUGAGGGGAUGGGAUAGUGGGAGCAAUUUGUUGAAAGCAGCCAAUUGAUUUGAUCCCACAUAGUAACCAUUAUGAGACAACUUUUGUAUUGUUGGAUUCAAAACCUGUGCUUUAAUACCAGAAUGUAAAAUAAAAUAAAUAUAUAAUAUAAGGGAGCCAUUUUGGGUUUAGUCCAAUCAAUGGAAUCUCACCUUUUUCACUUUGUUCUUUUCUUGGUUAAUUGAGCACUUUCUCUUUUGGAACUCCUUACUUAAGUUUACACUUGGGACAACAAAUUUGGCAGUGACCCAUCAUCCACCUUUUUUCCCCCUCUUUUCUACCUUAGCCAUUUUAAGGAUCUUUGACCAUAUUCACAAUGCAAAUUAAAGAAAAUUAUAGAGCAUGUUUUUCUUCAAAAUUUCCAUCCAUGGCCACUGCCUACUUAGUUUAAUCUUGAAGUAGGAUUAUUGCAUUAAAAUAUUAAAGAAGUUAUACGCUAUAUUUGUUUAUUUGAGACCCAUCCCUUGGUUGCUCCAAUAAAUAAAAUUUCUAGGAACCUCCUUGUCAAGAACUAGGUCAAAUCCCAGUCAUGGCUGACACUGCUAAUGCUGAAUUUUGAACCAUUCAUAUAUAUAUAUAUAUACACAUCAGUGAGCAGUAAUCCAACACGGGCAAGUACAAGACAGGAAUUAAUUUAAGUCAGAUGCAAAUGGUGAUCUGAAGAGGUCUAAGCCUAUGGAGGAAUUGUUAUAAGAAAAGUUUUGAUGUCACGAUUCCAUGGCAGAAAUGGCCAAAAAUGAUGGUUGAAAUUUCAAGUUUUAAUAACAAGCAAAAUGUGUUGACUAAUUCUGCACCAUUUUGUACUCCUCAAAGUCAAAUUCAAUGUUUUUAAUGCUGAACAAGACUGAUCGGGUUGAAUAUUUCGAUUACAAAAUUUACCUAUCUGGAUAGCAAUAAUUAAUUGGGGUUUGAAUAACAACAUAGGAUCUUAAUCCCUAAGAUGAUUUUGAUAGAUCUCAUAUCAUUGAAUUCUUAUUAAUGCUUACAAUAGGAUGUAAAAUUGAUCAUUAAUUAAUGUAAUUAUUAUCAGGAUUCACUGACUAUAAACCAACGGUUUGUAAUACAGACAAGUAAAAUAAUUUGAUGGGAGGAUAGACAAGAGUGUUCUUUUCUUGAAAUUUUGUAAAUUCACAAAUUUGGUGGGGUUUUUCAUUUUUUUAUUUUAAAUAUAAAACUAUUGGUACUCAUCCAACAUACUUGGAGUUGCUAUAAUAAGCCUCUCUAGUAAAUGAAGUAAAAAUUGAAUUGGAUAAAUUAUGACAGCACUACAUUAAACCCCUAAAGGAGGACCUGGUUUCUUGUUGGGAGCUCCAGGGAGCCCAACUCCAGAAUUAUGCAUUCUAUAACAUUACAAGUACCAAACAUCCAGAUCAUCAUCA